UGUGGCACUGGGUGAUGUUUGAGAGGUGCACAGGGACAUGUGGAGCCUGUAGACCAUGUUCUGGAGACUGUAAAGUCCAAGACCAAGGUGCUGGAAGAUUUGGUGUCUGGUGGGAGCCCACUUCCUGGUUCAUAGACUCUUGCAAUAACCUCAAAUGGCAGAAGAUCCAAGGCAGCUCUGAGAACUAUUCAGGGAACUGUGAUUUCUUCUUGAAUCAGAUCUGGGUCAUCGUGGGCUUGGGCUCUCACCUCCUCCUGACCAGGAGUUUGAAGAGCCGUGUAAUCAGUAACACUGCCUAUGACGAAACUCCUCCUGCCCAGACUCGUCUUGCUCCUUCAAAUUCCAUGGAAUCAGGAGAAGGACAAAAAGGUAAAAGGAAAGGUGAAGGACGGAAGUUGGGUCCAAUGAAAGAACAGAGAAAAAAAGGAAAAUAUGCUGAGAGUUUCAGCUUUCGAACGUCUUCAAAUAAAGAAGUGGUUGUAAACAGUGAUCAACAGAAUAAUGGAGGUAUGAAGCCAGUGCAGAAUUUCACGAGACCAAUCACACAGGCUCUCAACUACAAUCUGAGCAGACAAAGACAUUUAGAAAAAGAACCUUGGAAUGUAUUCAGCCAUCAUAUCCCUGUUAAUGCCUCCAUGGAUGGAAUUCCCUGCAUUCUCUUUUGGGCCAAAAGAAUAACAAUUAAAUUUAAGAAUCAGACCUGGCUGGACCUUACAGAUGAAGCUAUUGGCCAGAAGGCAACAGUGGAUGCUGGCAACUCAAAUUGCAGUGAAGAAAGUGCCAUGUUGUCUCUGAAGUUUGGUGAUGCUGAAGAUCCCAGAGGUCUUGAUAUAAGAUUCACCCUUACCAGUUACAACAAGUUGUCCAUCCAGAGCUGGUUUAGUUUGCACCGAGUCGAGAUUAUUUUCAAUAAUUCAAUUCAAGCAACCUUUAAUGCAACUGGCAUAUAUGCUCUGUCAAGUUACUCCUACCACUGCCACCAUGUCAGCAGCCUGCAGCAGUAUGACGCUCUUUUGUUGCCCAGUGACACCAAUGACAUGUCAAGCCUGUGGGAGGUCACUUUUGUUGAUUUCCAGAUCCAAGGCUUUACCAUCAAGGGGGGACAGUUUGCCAAGGCCCGAGACUGCGCCUCUUCCUUCUCGCCGGCCAUUCUGAUCGGCCUGGCAAUGUCCCUGAUCCUGCUGCUGGUGUUGGCCUAUGCCCUGCACAUGCUCAUCUACCUGCGCUAUCUGGACCGGCACUAUGAUUUCAUCGCCUCCCCGGCCCACUUCCCCCAGUUGAAAGCUCGAGAUGCAGCAGAAGAGAAGGAGCUGCUGAGGAGCCAGGGAGUCGAAUGCUAUGAACUGAGAAGCCAACAGAUCUGCAGAAUUUACGUUUAACAGCACAGGUCCCUCUCCCUCAGGAAGUCCAUGAUAGGCUCUGAAAGAAGUUGUUCCUGUUCUGUGCUGUUUGAGUUGCAAUAUAAGGUUUUCACCAAAAGGCUUGAUUUUUUUUUUUAAAGGAAAUACAUGCAAAGAAUACAUUUUGGAACAUCCACUGGCCUUCUUAGAUAGACUUGGAGCAAUGAAAAAGGUAUCUCAGGAAUCCUGCAGGGAUAAAAAUGAUUGCACCCCAAGGUGCCUUGAAAGUAAAAGAAUACUUCAAGUUAGGGACACUCCCCCCCCACCCAAGGAAAAAAAAAAAGAAUGAUGCAGUAUAAAGAAGGAAAAACACACUUGGUCCUUUUUGCCUUUGUCAGUUUGGUUGUGAUAAAUACAGAAAUGAUAAAUAUUAAGUUGUCUGGAAUUUCAAUAUUUAAAGUACCAAAGAUGAUUGCAGGGAGCACACCCUCAAGAAAAUGGGACUCUAGGAUUGAUUAUCUGACUCUGUUUAGCUUAAAAUCAGAGGGGACUUUGUUAACAUUAGAGGAUGGGAAACUGAUAGCCCAUGCCAUUCCAUAAAGAAAUUUUCAUUGUGGUGACUUUGAAUGUCCAUUGGUGGUAUAAAUGGCUGCUGUGAUAGGCUGUAAGUGGAAUCCUUAGUCUCACAGGGAUGCGGGGAUCCUGGAGUGGCAGGGGUCAAAUAGCACAGCAGCCGUAAGGGGCUGAAGGGCAGGAGUGUUAAUCAGAUUAGAUUAUGUUUAUUCAUGGUGAAGUGUUCUGUGGUAGAUGUGGCUAGACAGUCCAUUGAAACACUUGCUUAUUAUCAUCAUCAUCAUAAAUGAUCUAGUUCUGGUGUAAAAAACCUUACCUGAGCCAUCAUGGUGGACUCAUGGAGCUGAGUCUGUUCAUGACUUAAGAAGAGCGCUCUUGCCUGAAGAAGAAACUUCUCAGAGGGCCUUUGGUCUUUGUAUCUAAUGUUGAGUAUCAUCAUGAACAGUUUUAUGUUUGUCCAUCAGGUAUCUGUCUUUUUAUAUCACUUCUGGUAUGUUCUGACUUUUAGGUAGGGAACUGACACUAUUCCCAUGGAUACUUUUAUUAUUAACCCAGUAGGUAUGUGAUCAUCGUCCUGUAAUUGUUAGUGCUGCAAGACCACCGGCUAAGAGAUGUCUGUCUUCCUGGGAGGUCUGGAAAAAUAUGGCAAAGAAAGUGAUGUUUGACAUGAGUAGGAGUUAGACAAGUAACAUGGAGAAGGACAGAUAUGGCAGAAGGAAACACAUAUGCAAAGACUGGACUUCAUCAUGUGCAGAGAACUGUGAAUGCAUGUAUAUGGGCUGGCACAUACAAUGUAUUCGGAGGAGUGAAAGAGAUGCAGCUGGAACAGAGAGGAAACAGAUCGUUGUGCUCAACUAAAGACUUAGGAUCAUGACUUGAGAUAAUGGAGAGGCCAUUGAGAGGACUUUGGAGGAUUCAGAAGUUGGUUCAAUAAGACAUAGCAACCAGUUGGCAAGUCACAAAUGACUGGUAGAUAACUUAUUUUGGGUGCUGGUGGAAGGUGAUACCAAUAUUUGCAAUCAGGGAGAAACAGGUGAGGGUAGAAGUGGGUAUGGGAGAUGGGAGAUUCCUGUAGGCAGGUCCUGUAAUAGUCAUCCAAGUAGGUGGUUGGAUGUAAGAAUAUGGGGCAAAAUGAAGAGGUCUGGACUAGAAAUAGAAAUUUGGAAAUAUAGCAGAUGCUGUCAGUGUCCACUUUUGCACCUUGGCCCAUCUCUCUAUUGUCAGUAACUGCCCUCAGAGGCUGCUCUGCCUGCUUGUGUUCAUGGCAGACUGGAAGUGCUGAGGAAUUAAUGUCUCUUGGGAGUAGCCUUCAUGUUAUGACUCUCAGAAGUUGUGUAUAAAUACCCCAGCCCAUAAUUCUAGAGUAUGUUUUACACCAUUUCCUGGAGCUCCUCAAAGACUGUGUUCUUUUGCCCAUUGGGGCAUCUUUGCUUGAUAAUGUUCAUUUUAUUAACUCCCUUCUUUGCCCUGUUUUACUUCCCUACUCCCCCAAUGAUGUUUCUUGGCACCACCUCCAAAAUAAACUA